AUGUCAGAGAUGCUGUGGCUGCUGCCCCUGCUAUGGGCAGGGUCCCAGGCUCAGGAUGAAAGACUCAGGCUGACGGUGCAGACACCCGUGAUGGUGCAGGAGGGCCUGUGUGUGUUUGUGCCCUGCACCUUCACCCACCCGGGGCGCGACUGGAAUCAUCUUUCCCCUGCAUAUGGCUACUGGUUCCAGGGAGGAGCUAAUAUAAAUCAGGAUGCUGCUGUGGUCACAAACAACCCGGCUCGUAACGUGCAGGAGGAGACCCAGGGCCGAUUCCACCUCCUCGGGGAUCCCCAGACCAAGAACUGCUCCCUGGACAUCAGAGACGACCACGGCACCAACCUCACCUGUCAGGUGCAUUUUCCUGCGGCUGGUGUGACCGUGGAGACAACCAUCCAGCUCAACGUCACCUGUGCCCGGCAGAACCAUACACCAGGUGGUUGCUCAGGAGUCCAAAAACCCUACAAGACAGAGAUGCUGUGGCUGCUGCCUCUGCUGUGGGCAGGGUCCCUGGCUAAGGAUGAAAGAUACACGCUAACAGUGCAGACACCCGUGACAGUGCAGGAGGGCCUGUGUGUGUUUGUGCCCUGCACCUUCACCCACCCAUGGAGCUACAGGAAUCACCCUAUCGAUGCAUAUGGCUACUGGUUCCAGGAAAGAGCUGAUAAAAAACGGGGUGCUGCUGUGGUCACAAACAACCCGUCUCAUAAAGUGCAGGAGGAGACCCAGGGCCGAUUCCAUCUCCUAGGGGAUCCCCACACCAACAACUGCUCCCUGGACAUCAGAGACGCCAAGAGGACAGAUGACGGAUCAUAUUUUUUUCGGAUGGAGAAGACAAGUUACCCAAAGGAUAAAUAUUCUUAUGUAGAGAGCAAGCUCACUGUGCGAGUAACGGCCCUCAACCACACACCCAACAUACUCAUCUGGGAGACCCUGGAGAGCGGCCUCCCCAGGAACCUGACCUGCUCUGUGCCCUGGGCCUGUGAGUGGGGCACGCCCCCCAUCUUCUCCUGGACAUCAGCUGCCCACAGCUCCCUGGGCCCCAGGACUCACCUCUCCUCCGUGCUCACCCUCACACCACGGCCCCAGGACCACGGCACCAACCUGACCUGUCAGGUGCAUUUUCCUGCCACUGGUGUGACCGUGGAGACAACCAUCCAGCUCAAUGUCACCUGUGCCACACAGAACCUAACACCAGGUGGUUGCCUAGGAGACAGUGCAGGUGGGAAGGAGCCUUCUGUCAUGGGGCAUUGA